GUUCUGCAGCACGUCGCGAGCGGUCUGAAUAAGCUGCAUGGCCUUAGCAUCGUGCACUUGGACAUCAAGCCCGACAACAUCCUGCUGAGCCAGGGGGAGCCAGGUUAUUUCAAGAUUGCUGACCUUGGGUUGGCAGCCGCUGCCAUAGGCGCUGGAUGCGAUGACAUAACCGAGGGAGACUGCCGCUACCUUGCCAAAGAGGUGCUGCAAGGUGACUUUGCAGACCUCUCGAAAGCUGACGUUUUUUCACUCGGCCUUGUUCUCUUCGAACUGGGCACGAACCCAAGGUCUUUGCCAAGCAAUGGUCCCGAGUGGCACAGCCUGCGUCGAUCAUUGGAGGUUGCUCUGCUGCCAGAGCUAUCACCCAAGCUGCUCCAGCUGAUGCAGGACUUGGUCCAUGCUCGGAAGGAGCAAAGACCGACUUGUCAGGCAAUCCUGCAACAACUGUCCGCUGAUGCUAUGUGCGAGCCGGACCCGGCUCAUGUCCAGGCUUUGCAAGAUGAGGCCCGGCGAUGCCGAGAAGAGGCCUUACGAAACCAACAGCGAGCAGACGAGUACUGGCAGGAGAUCCUCUGCCUGAAGAAGCAGGAGCUGAUGUGUGAAAAGCCAGCGCUGAAGUCA